GCGCAUAACUUGAAGUAUUUAACGUUUACACAUUUUUUUUUUUAUCUGAAUUAGAUGCACAUGUGGGGACAUGGCUCAGAAUACAGAAAAGGACCAGAGUCACUAAGAGGGACACAACCAACGGGGAUGCUGAAGCUGCCUUGCUACUGUUGCGCACCGGGCUGCAAGAACAACAUUGAGCACCCGAGGGCAAGGCCGCUCAAGGACUUCCGUACGCUUCAGACACAUUACAAGCGGAAACACGGUGCGAGGCCCUUUGCUUGUCGUAGAUGUGGAAAGGCUUUUGCGGUCAAAGGAGACUGGAGGACGCACGAGAAGAACUGUGGGAGGCUUUGGUAUUGCUCAUGUGGCUCGGAUUUCAAGCACAAGAGGUCGCUUAAGGACCACGUCAAGGCCUUUGGUAAUGGUCAUGUCCCUUGUUUUGGCAUUGAUUGCUUCGGCGAUCAUGAGGACGAGGAGGCUGCUUCUGAUGUCGAACAGCAAGAAUGAUCGUAAUUUUGUUUGGAUUAUAUAUAUCGGAAUAGCAGAAGCCUUUACUGUUCUAAGGUGUUCGUUAAAGUUUGUUAGACCGUCUUUUUCAUUUAACUAAUCUAAAGUGCAUUUUCUUAUCAUUAGUUAUAUUUCUACACGCAGAUGUACAAACUCUAGUAUAAUUUAAAACUCCAGAAUUAUGAAUAAGACAAUUUGGUCAUUUAAAAAAUUGAAAUCGUACUAGUUAUAUAACUCAUGUAACUUUGUUCAAAACAAAAAACACUCAUAUUUUUCUUUUCAUUCUCGAUAUGUAAGAGCAAUCUUAUCAGGAAGACAUUCUUCAAAAUUCUUAAACAAAAAAAAAUAGUAUUUUAAUAUAAUUUAUAUACGUGAUUAAAUAUUAAUUGUAAAAUAAGAGCUAAACUAAUAGAAAAAUGACAUGUGUGGAAUGGAGUUCCUAAAAGUUCUCCUUUUAUAAUUUUUUUUACUCUAUCUCUUUUCUUUCUAUUAUUUUAUUUUUAUAAUCAUAAGAUUAACAUACAUUUGUUUUCGUUUUUGUAGAUUUGGAUGACUCGUGCAUCAGAAAGAUCUAGGACGGACUAUUAUACACAUAUUUACAAGGGAAAUUGGAUUCUAUAGCACAAAAAAAAAUUAUAAUUAAGUCAGUAGCUCUUUACCCUAAAACACAACGAUACACCGUAUAUUUUCUAUAAUAAUACCUUUAUACCCCACUCGCAACCGGCUAGAAUUAAAAUAAAAAAAAAUUCAUCUUUUCUUCUUUGACAUCGUGGCCUCUUCAUCUUCACUCACACAUUAACUGUUAUUUUUGGAAGAUAAAAUUAAUUAGUUUCACUGUUAAAAGCGUUUCCGGUGACUGGUUGCGGUGAAGGGUCUACGAAGAGUCAUAAGCAUCGUUAUUUAAGAUCUACUCACACCGUCCGUCAUGUGUGUUGUGGGAUUUAUGGGCUUUUGUCAGUGAGUUCGGUGACGAUUUCUUCAACAUACAGUAGUAGUCAUAAAAUUGCAGAGGUUAGUCUUUUUGUUUCUGAUAUAUUCAACGAUUGAUACUGCAUGUCCCAGUCUAAGAGUAGAUGAAUCAAAAUUGAGAUUGCAUGCCGCAAUCGGUAUCUGUAAAGCCCUGGAACCGCAAGUUUGUGGCUUCAGUGUCGUAUAGUAUGGUUGAUUCUAUUCCAUAUCAGUGUCAUAGUACAUACUUCUACUUACAUAGUGUAUACCGCUAUAUUAUGUCUGAAAAAAAGGACGAGGGGAAGAAGAUGAAGUUGCAGACCAUACUAUAUUCGUUAGAAUUAUAGUAUAGUAUGUAUUAUUAUUACGGUUAUUUAUGUAAGGUUACUAUACUAUUAGAUAUAGUAUUCUAUUCUUUACGUUUCUCUAUAUUAUUUUCUUUAUAUAUAAUUGUUUAUAGAUUGUAUUUGGGUUUAUAGGAUCUUACCUAGGGUUUAGAUUUAUUAAGUAGAAAUUUGAGUAUAGGAGGAUUCGGUGGUUCAUUAUUUACGUAUGUUGUGUUAAAUCUAUAUUAUAUUUGCAUUAUCUAUAGGAUUAUGUUCUAUUUGAAAUUACUUACUAUACUGUAUAUUUGUUUUUCAUUCUGUUUGACAGUGUGUUAUCUUUUUCUGCAUAUGGUAAAUAAAUUGAUGACGUUGUCUUCGGUCUCUCGUGUGAUGCUAAACGACCACGUCAUCUCUACCAGUAACCGGCAACUUGUACAUUGAAAGGACAAAACCGGACUUUUCUUUGCCUAAAUGUUAGCGAAUGAAUUAUGUCAAAAUCACUGAUAUAUUCUUCAUUUCCAUUAGUGUUUUGUAUAUUGAGCAAAUUCUCCCUAUUUACAAACCAAUGGAAAAUUAGUAUAAAUCCAAAGUAGUUGACCUGCAGAAUCUUAGCAAUUCUCAUUUUUCUCUUAAUAUUACUAAUUUACUAAUCUCUCUACCACUAGUAAAAAAAACUGAAAUAGCAACGACAUAUAAUCGUGGCUAUAGGGGAAUUUUCGUAGCUAUAUGGAGAUUUUGCUACGACAAGCCACGUUUAUAUUUUCGUAGCUAUACGAUCGUAGCCAUUUUUGUAUCGUAGCAAAAUCGUAGCAAAUUGAUACGACCUUGCUACGAAAAGAAACGUGGCAAGUUGCUACGUUUUGCUACGUUAUUAUUCGUAGCAUCUUGCUACGUUUUGCUAC